GAACCAUGGUACCGAUUGGCUUAAUGAGAUCCCUUUGAUGCAGCUCUGUACCCUCCUGAGCUGCAACUCAACCAACCAGUAACUGAUACCGAUGAGGGGAAAGAACCCCCAAACAGUACUGUCUACAGGUUUGAGCAUUGAAGAAACCUGUGGGGACACAAGACAUGUAGAGAGUAACGUGGGAGGGGAGGUGAUGCUCCCCGUCCAGCAGACUGAAAUCCAGGACAUCACGUGGAUGAGCAGCAGAGACAAAAAUAUUUUUGCGGUAACAGAACCUGGGAAACCUGUUGUUAUUAGAAGCAUGUUCUAUAAUGGUCGCAUUAAUGUUACAGAUAAUGGGACAUUAAUUAUAACCAAACUAACCAGAGAAGACCAAGGAAUCUAUAAAGGCAGCGUCCUGCGGCGGAUAUCAGGCCAGUGCGCUCAGUUCUACAAUCUGACAGUAUAUGAAGAGCAAGUCUUUUCCAGUAGCCCAAGUACAACUUCACCCAUAAGGAUCAGCACAGAAGCUAUGACCACCAAGUCCAGUAAACAGGUCACAGUAUGGAUUACCAUCAUUCUGAGUGUAUCUGCCACACUUGCUCUGCUGCUGAUAUUUAUUGUUACCAUCAUACUGUCCAGAAGUCAAACAGGAACCAGUCAUAUAGAGGAUGGGAUAUUGUAUACUGAACUGGACAAAAAUAAGCUACAGAAAGGUUUUACAGUGAGAAGAGUACAGGAACAGACGACUGUCACCUAUUCUAACGUGAAGGUCACCUUACAGACAACAAACAAUGUUUGAAUGGAAAAAAAAAAAGAUUCUGCUCAAGUUUUCCAUCUGGUUCUAUCAAAAGAAGAAAUGACUUCCUUACCCUGGCUCGUGUCCUCUCUAAGGCUCUUGGUUGGAGAUAUCCUGAGAUGGGUGGUGGGAGAUGACCAGCUUUGAAAACAAUUGUGAGUAGUGUAGGACUAGUUUCACACUAGCGUUUUACAUCUUUGGCAGGCUGUUCCUGCAGGGAACCUGCCGGCCCCAUUCACUAUAAUGUGUUCCAACGACGAUCCAUCUGCAACCUGGCAAAUAUGCCGAGAAGCUGCUGAAAAAAUACCGCAGCAAACAGCAUUAUUUGUCUGGUAGCUUCUCGGCAUAUUUGCCAGUUUGCAGCAGGUCCACAUUAUAGUAAAUGAGGCAGGACGACAAUGUGGUCGCUUCCGGUAGGCUGUUUCCUGCCAGAAUCGCCUGCCGGAUCUUUUACUAUAUAUG